AUGAAUAUUAUUAUAAUUUCAUUGAUUUGUAUAGUAUAUGCACAACAUAGAGCAUGGUGUGAUACAGAUGAUAAUGGUAAAUUACAAUAUAUUGAAGAUCCUGAAUGGAAAUGUAUUUAUAAAGAAGAGAAUUAUACAUAUCAUGGAUUUAUAAUUGCUUCAAAUGAUAAAAAAGAGAUAUUUGAAGUAUAUCCAGACUGUUGUUCACCUCAUGAAGAUGAAAGACAAACUUGGAGAAAUACAUUUACUAUUAUAGAUGAUUAUAUUAUAAAACCAAAAGAAUUAAGAUUUGUUUUUGUUGGUAGAGAAUUUAAAAGAGAAUAUACAUUAAUUACAAUUGAUGAAAAAUUAACAGGCAUUGAUUGGUAUAUUAAUACAGACAAUAUCAUUCCUCGUUCUACUAUUACUCUUAAAGGUAGAAAUGAAGAUACAGAAUUACAUCCAUACUAUAUUGAAGCUGUUACUUAUAGAUUCAAUAUUACUAGUCCAGCUACUAAUGUAAGAGAAACUGUUUAUUUGAAUUUUACAGCAGGAUUUUCACCAUUUGUAAAUAUAAGUGAAAAUAUUCAAGUUAAAUUAAUAAACCAAAGUGAUGAUAUUGAUGAAUGUCAAUAUAGAUAUACUAAAAGUAGUUCUGUAUUUAAUAUGGGAACAGAUAAUUCUAAUUUAAAAGUAAUUAACAUUUGUAGCGCUGGUAUUCAUCAAAGAAUGGCAAUUUGUAAAAAAGAUGUUCCUGACAAUUAUAUAGAUUGUAGUUGUCAAUAUGAAAAUUUUGAGUAUGUCAAUCAUGCAAUGGACUGUACUUAUCUUAGUGAAUAUUAUACAUUUAAAGCUCGUCCAUUACAAGAAUUUAUUCCAUAUGAAUAUUUAUGGAAUAGUUUAAGUACUGAAGGUGUUGAAACUCAACUUACUAUUCCUAAAGGAAAGAAUAUGACAUUUCAAGGAAAUGUUGUGUUACCAUCUGCACCUUUAUUUAUUUCUGGAACAAUUUAUUUUGUUGGAGGAAUAACUAUACAAAGAACUGAUGCUUUAUAUGAUCUUGGUAACUUUUUUAUUUCAAAUAUAAAUAUUGAAACAAAUAUAGAUGAAUCUCCUAUAUUUUUUAUUGGUAAAUGUGCUAUGGAUCCAAAUGAAUGUGACAAAUUAUUUAAGGAAAGUGAAAUAAAAGAAGAAAACUGUGGAGGUACAAAGUCAAGAUUUAUUCCAUAUAGUAGUAUUCUUGGAUGUAAAUGUGUACAAAAAGGAAAAAAUACUUAUAUUCAAUCUGAUUGUUCUAUUUCAUCAAAACAACGUUUAAAUAGACUAGAAUUAGUACUUACAGGAGAUUAUGAAAGUGGAAAUGAUUCUGUUUAUUGGAAAAGUUUAAAUAUAAAUCCAUUGAAUAUUCCCCCAAAUAACAGCAUUUCUAUAACUGGCAAAGAAAUAAUUAUUGAAGGAGAUUGUGAUUUUACAAGUCUUAAUACAAUUCAACUUCAUAGCAUAUUAAGAUGUGGUAGACUUAUUAUGAGUUCAAAAACAAGAAUUGUUGGAUAUAGUGGAAGUGAACUAAGAACAUAUUCUAUUGAAAUUGAUGGUGAAGUAAAUAACCUUAAUGAAGAUGCUCUAAUUCAUAUGUCUGAAGGAAAGUUUUCUUCAGACAGUUCUUUAAUAUUAACUCUUACUACUACAAACACUAAAUGCUUUGAAUUAGCCAGCUCUUUUCUUGACUUAAAUUAUGGAAUGAAUGGUAUUAAUGUUACUAAUAAUGAAUAUACACUUCUAGUUCUUGACAGAAUAGUUAGAGUGUGUCCUAAAGAUAAUUUAGAUGAUGAAAUUAAAUGUUAUCCAACUGAGUCUAGUUUAGAAUCAUUUAAAUAUGACCAAUGUCCAUGUGAUGGAGAGCAUUGUUUCUAUUAUAUGGAUAAAUUGAAAUAUAAACAUAUUAUGCUUCGUAAUGAUAGGUCAAUAACAGGUAUUAUUAAUGCUGAAUCAGACUUAACUAUUGGUUCUUAUGGACAUGCGUCUAUUCUCAGUAUUAAUGCAAUUAAUAGCAUAACACUUACACUAAAAGGAGAUUUAACUUUUAGCUAUAAAUCAAAAUUAUUUAACACUUUCAUUGUUGAUGGUGGGAAAGUAGUGGUUAGUGGAAAUGAAAUACAAGCACUUGUCAUUUCUAUUAAAAGUAGUAGUUCUAUUACAUUUACUAGCAAAAUAACUUUUAUUAAGUUAGAUGCUAAAAAGUCUAUUGAUAUUAGAAUGAGUGAUGGAAUUGUGUCAAUGCAGACAGGAAAAUUGAAUGAUCUUAACGGUAAAAUUGUAGCAGACAAAACAGAAGGGUGUAUAAUUGGUGCAUUUUCUAGUAAUAGUUACACUUGCCUAAGUUGUGGAGAAGGAAUAAUUAAUGGAACAUGUGGUUCACAUGUUAAAGUUGAAAACUGCCAGUCAUAUCACACUUUAGGUCAUUGUAUUGAAUGUAUUAAUG